AUGCUCGCAGCAGGCUGUGUGGAGAUGACAACCUGAAAGCCAGUGCUGAACUGUGUGGUGGAGACUGAACGGGACGCCUGGUUGGUUAUUACUGAAGUCGCCCACCGAUCAUAAAGUGGAAAUCCAUUGUUCUGGAGAAAUAAUGAACUGCAGGAGUGCGUGCUGCAACCAUUGGUCAUCUGAGGAGAGGUUAGAUGGGAAAACAGUGAUUAUCACUGGAGCCAACACUGGUAUUGGCAAGGAAACAGCCAGGGAUCUAGCAAGAAGAGGUGCCCACAUCAUUAUGGCGUGCAGAGAUGUGGAGAGGGCGGAAGAAGCACGGGCGGACAUUUUGGAGGACACAGGAAAUGAGAACAUUGUCAUCAGGAAACUGGAUCUGUCUGAUACAAAGUCCAUCAGAGCUUUUUGUCAACUCAUUAACAAAGAAGAGAAGCAAGUGAAUAUCCUGAUAAACAAUGCAGGCAUUAUGAUGUGUCCUUAUUCAAAGACAGUGGAUGGCUUUGAAAUGCAACUGGGAGUUAAUCAUUUGGGUCAUGUCCUCUUGACCUACUUGCUGCUUGACCUCAUCAAACGUUCAGCACCAGCACGCAUUGUCGUUGUGGCGUCGGUGGCCCACACUUGGACUGGACUUCAAUUUGAUGAUCUUAACAGUGAAAGGAAUUAUGAUGCUAUGAAGGCUUAUGGCCAAAGCAAACUGGCUAACGUGUUGUUUGCACGCUCUCUUGCCAAGCGGUUACAAGGUUCUGGUGUCAGUGUCUUUUCUCUGCACCCGGGGGUGGUCCAGUCUGACCUGUGGCGGCACCAGCACCAGUGCAUACAAGUAGCAGUGAAAAUCUUCAGGAUUUUUACCAAGACAACAGUGGAGGGAGCACAAACCACCAUCUUUUGCGCUGUGGAACCAGGCCUGGAGAGCCAAAGUGGAAGUUAUUUCAGUGACUGCGCGCCUGCACGCUGCUCAAGGACCGCUGCUGAUGAUGACUUGGCCCAGGGGCUGUGGGAAGUGAGCUGCAACAUGCUUGGCAUCACCUGGCAGUGAAGUGCAGCAGAAUAACUGUAUGCUACACGUUCCACAUUUCUAAAGCACUGUUAUGCACUUUUAUAGAUCUGUUACUCUUGUGAAAAUGAUGGCUAUAGUGAGUAAAGCUCUUCUUUAUUUUCCAUGUUAUCAAGUACAAAUCAUAUGUUGAAUUCAAACAGCAUUCACUGAAUCAUGUCUAUUCCGAAGUAAAAGCUUUUUAAGCAUUCCCGAUACAUUGAUGUUUAUUUGGUGUGUAUCUUGUACUAAAAUGUUUUUUUUAUACUAAAAUUGUACUAAAAUGAAUUUUCACGAACCAGCAUGUUAUGCUUUAGCUGAAUAUGAGAUGAGCUUCUAAUGCUAUUCAUAGAUUGCUUUUAAUUUUACAAGUUAAUUAUUAGGCUCUAAUAAAGUACAUCCUAUUGUACUAUACUACUAAAAUAGAUGAAGCAUUUGCUUAGCUAUGUUACAACAAAGUGUUAACAGACUUACAAAGGCUGUUAUAAGGCUAAUAUUUAAUCCGUAAUUGAUUUUAUUUACAGUGUUCACAGGUAUAAAAAUGUCAGUUUUCAAAGGAGACUACAUACCCAACUAUGGUCUGGUGAUAAGAGGAAGGAGACUGUGAAAUGUUACUUUCACUAAAGAUGUCGCUGAUGCUAAUUUCCCAAUAGAUAUUUACAAAAAUUUUCUAAAUUCUAAGGGGUCAGAGCACUUAAAGAACAGAUAUUACACAAAACAACUCUGGUUAAAGUUGUUCUCCUGGGUUAAGAGAAAACACCUCAGAAAUCUUGUAUUGUUUGAAUCUUUGUUCCCUUUUUUAAACCCCCUGUACAUUUAUUGAUCAGUAAAAAUCAGAUCCCUGUAAAUAAUUAUUUAUUGAGCUGUUGGUUGCAUCUCAUGCAUUCUGCAGUUUCAAAUGCCUUUUUUCUCUUAAAUGGAGGCAAAAUAACAUCUGUGAAAUGGCUAGACUGAGGUAAUGGGUUGCAAAACAACAAGGCUUUAAAAUGUCAGCAUGCUGACCUUUAACAGUGAAGUGAAACACAUUAUAUAACAACAUGAGAUCUUGUAAAUAAUAAACUUUUUAAACCAUCA